CACGAAAUCGGGAUUCAGAUUCAAGCUAACACAAGGAUCCCUUGUCUUCGGGAAGACCUUCGGACGUAUGAGCACUUUGGAAAGUUUGUGUGGGUGGGUGGUGGUAGUCUUGACGUUCUUGAUGGUCAAAGCGCUCAGCCCAUACAUAGGUGCACAAAGCCAGAGUUGCCGUUGUCUGCUCCAACCAUAUUUUCCAACUCUCAUAGCAUCUUUCCAGUCAACAUGUCAGCUCAACUAGCUGCAAAGCUCCAGGUAAGACAUUCUUGCUUGCUUUGUGUUGCUGCCAAAAUAACUAACCAAUUCAAUGUCAAACUUGCUUCCCCGGAAUCGAAAAAGAAAGUUGUUGAAGAAAUCAGUUGGUUGAUUCAGUACACCAAAAACGAAGAGAUUCCAAAUUUCAACGUUCAAGAGCUUGAGAAGCGACUUCGCAAAGACACCACUGACAUCCGUGACCCUGGGUAAUCCAUUUCUCUCAUUCAUCACUUGUUUGCCAUCUCAGGCACAGUGGAUAGCACAAUCACGAAGAUUGACCCCAAGUAUACACUCAACGAAAACCUUGGCCAUCUUUUGAGCAUUUUGCGGGUUAAUAAAUUCAAUGCUAUCAGCCCAAUGGACGUACCCGGACCCCCAUUUCUCGAUGACGCUGAAUACCCACGGGCGAUAAGGAUCCUGGGUUGUGAGUUGCACAACCCCGACGCGCCACCUCUGCCAACCUCUAUUAGCAGCAUGCUGUUCAACCUUAAGAUUCAGCAGACAUACGACCUAUUUCUGGAGAUCUCUGUCUUGUGGCAAUACUAUCAGCGCGACCCCGUGUUGAUACCAACCUCAUUCCCGAAUGCAACGCUAGCUCUAAUUGCUAUGCGUCACUACCCUGAGUCCGACUUAUGCGGGUUUGCCUUGUGCCCACCAAAAACAAUUUGGCUUACCAUGCACUGGUGUGCACUGGAAGUUACGUUUCCUAGGAGACUUACUGACUGUUCAGCUCGAACUUUUAUAGCUCUCUGGCCAGCAUGGUGCUUUUUGCAAAGCAUUCUUAAUACUCGCGCUGCAGUAAUGCUGGAGUCAAAGCAUCACGAAGAGCUUUGUCCCAUACACAACUGCCACAAAGAUCUGUACAUGCGUGCGAUAUGGACGCGACCAGUAUCGCGUUUCCUGUUGGUAGAUCAAGAGAUCUAUUGCUGCGAAAUGGAGCUGUGGAUUAGACUUGAGAAGAGACUUGGGGAGGAGUAUUUUCGUUGGAAGAAAGAACUGGGUGAUUUCAUCCUCCGCUCUGCUUUCCAACAGAUGAUUCGUUUCGACGGGAGCAAGGACGCUGAUAUCGAUAAGCGGGCGUAACUUCCAGCCAUCAAUGUAGUGCCGUCAUAUAUGCCUGUUUCUACCGAAUACAAUCCCAUUCUCUGAGUAUCAAUGUCGCUAGAUUGGUCGAAUCACUGACUUUCUGCCUAAACCUACUUGGCAAGCGAGCUUUGGCUUGGCUGUUGCAUGUUCAAUGCAGAGGGCACAGCUACAGCCUAAUCUUGUUCUAUAGAGACCGGCUUCCCCGAUCCCUGUGUAUGCAUAAGUAACCUGAUGGCCGCCUAGACAGCAAGGAUAGGCAGAGUUGCAUAUUCAAUACCGCACACCUGCAGCGUAGUCAUUGUCCCUAGUCCUUGCAUCUAGUCACCUGAUGAGUGUUGACAUUCUAUUAUAAGAGGCGUCUAAACUGCACUCUUCAUCUAUCCUCUCUUAUCCCCCAGGACCACGCCCUUACUCAUUUUACGCCUUCAUCAUUCAGCAUUAUCUCAACCUCUAUCCAAAUCGCCCUCGCCCAACAUGAUCAACGUUAUCAUAUUUGCCUACUUCCUCACAAUUGUUUUUGUCUUCCUCUUUUAUUUUGGACGCUUACCUGAACGUGCGAUCGCUCUUUAUCUGCUCUGGGUUCUUUAUGACGAGGGCAUUUUUUACAGACCCCGUAGGUCCCCCAACCUCUUUGCCCUGAACCCACGC